UCCUCCUCUGGGCGCUGUGUGAUGACGUUGGUGGGGAAAGUGGACUCGCCGUCCUCAGGCUCAGAGACGAGUCCAGACGAGAGGGACGAACGGCGACUAGAAGAGCAGAGCAGCGGCUAUUUGACCGUUUUGCCAUUAUUUUUCCUCUCUGACAAAGGGAGCGAAAGACCCCAAGAAGAAUUCCUCAGGUUAUCAAAGCACCCUGGAAGAACCCGCUGACGACGCUUCCUGACCGGCAAGCACCUGAUACGCUGACUGUAAAGCCUUCCUGGAGAUCAAAGUCAUGAACCACAGUGCCAUGCAGAUGGAGCACAGUCACCAGGACCACGCCCACCACGUUCACCCGACGAUGGGUACUCCGGCGCACACCCACGGGGGUGGGCAGGACCACGGUGGAGGUGGACACGAGGGACAUGGAGGCAUGGCCAUGACCUUCAACUUGGACUACCAGAACGUGCCACUGCUCUUCAGCGGACUGAUCAUCAAUUCCCCCGGAGAAAUGGCAGGCGCCUGCCUGGGCGUCUUCCUCCUCGCUGUCCUGUAUGAGGGUAUGAAGAUGGGCCGGGAGGCGCUGCUGCGUCGCAGUCAGGUCAACGUGCGCUACAACUGCAUGCCGCUGCCGGGCAGCGACGGCACCGUACUGAUGGAGACUCACAAGACCGUCGGGCAAAGGAUGCUGAGCCACGCCCACUUCCUUCAGACGCUGCUGCACGUCAUCCAGGUGGUGGUCAGCUACCUACUGAUGUUGAUCUUCAUGACGUACAACGUGUUCCUGUGUGCGGCGGUGGCGGCGGGCGCCGGGGCCGGCUACUUCCUGUUUGGCUGGCGCAAGGCGGUGGUGGUGGACGUCACGGAGCACUGCCAUUAACAUCGCCCUGGUCUAAACGCUUUGCAAUGCUCGUUAAUUAUGAUCUGUAGUUUGCUGUCUAGCGCCGCCUUUAGGGCGGCCGGCACUAGCCCGUGCGGCGCGUCGGAUCUUUUGGUCCGGCUUCGUUUCGUACAAUCAAAUGAACUCUUAAAGAAUCUCUUUUAAAGACACGCGCUGCCUUUCCAAGUUGUCGAGCGGCGGGACCAAUGUGAUGGGUGAUGCUGAAAAAAUAGGGAACUUAUGCUGGAAUCACUCAAAUAAAAUGUGCUAUUCUCUUCCCACAGAAUCAACCUAUUGCCUGAUAAUGAUCAUUAAAACGGCAAAAAAGACGCGUGUUGGUAAAAACAUCAAACGUCAUGAACAGGGGUCCUCAAACUUUUGUCUGUGAGGGCCACAUAACUUUUCCCUUCUCUAAUGAGGGGCUGGGGUCAGUUUGUAACAGAAAAAGUGUGAGGAUUGCAGGAGUGCCUAAAUGUAAAAAUGUAUUGUGUUUCAGAAAGCCACAAUCAAAUAACCCUUUCUGGAUUCUUCACGGAACAAAAGUAAAUAAAAAUAAUAAUAAAAUAACAAUAAUAACACUAUUAAUUACCGUAAUUUCUGGACUAUAAGGCGCAUGAAAAAGGCAUUUGUUCA